AUGGUCUCCUCGACCGACCGCGAGAUCCUGCGCGCAGAGAUCCGCUCGCGCGGUGACAAGCUCAAUGCUACCGACCGCGAGAGCCUCCUAAAACCCUACCUGCCCGACCCAGCCGACCUGGCACCGGCGAACGCGAGCGCAAACUCGCCGCGGCGAUCCCGCGCCGGAACCACGUCUUCACAACGGCGUCAGAAGCCUCGCAAAAAGCCUAUCCGCACGUUCCUCAAGUCGCAGCUCCAUCGUUUCACUUAUGCAAUUACCCACAUCUUCUUUGGAAUUGUCGUGCGUCUGUUACAGGCCUACCAUGCCGUUGUCGACCGGGUCUUUGCUAUCGUCUACCACCACCAUCGCACGCCGGAGUUGAUCCGCAAGGAUGUUCGGGGCUUGAAGCGGUUGCCAGAGCAUCUCAGUGUGAUAUUGACCCUGCAUAAGGAGGACGAUGCCUUGGCUGUGUUGAUGGACGAGGUGGCCGAGUUGGCAGCCUGGAGUGCCAGCGCGGGUAUUCCACAGCUCAGUGUAUAUGAGAAGUCUGGCGUCCUCAAAUCCUGCAUCCCAGCCCUGCACCAGAUCAUCUCCACCAAACUGGCCUCCUACUUCGGCACGCCCUCUCAACAACCCUCCCUGCAACUCUUCGCCCCUCACCAUCCUGUCUACGGCACCGCACCAAACCCCAAGUCCGAUAACCCCUCCUUGACCCUGCUCCUCCUCUCCUCGACAGACGGGCGCGAAACCAUCGUCGACUUGACCAAGACCUUGGCCGAAAUGUCACAGAAUGGCAAGUUGUCACCAGAGGAUAUCACGCCGGAACUGGUGGAUGCGGAGAUCAGCGAAAUCACCACCCGACCUCUUCAAGCUGGCGGCCGUGCUGCUAGCCCCAUGAAGCCGGAGCCAGAUCUCCUGCUAGUGUUCGGACCUUUCUUGAAGCUGGAUGGCUAUCCGCCGUGGCAGAUUCGGUUGACCGAGAUGUAUUGCACCGGCGACCGCAACCACGGUAUGAUCGGCUACGGAGAGGCUGUGGAGUAUCAAGGGUUCAUGCGUGGGCUGUGGCACUAUGCUGGAGCUCAGAUGCGGUUUGGCCGCUGA